CAACACGUUACUGCAUUGCCGGCGAGAAAGGAGAUGCGAAUCCCACGCCACAGUUGUCUCGCUCGUCUUCGUGGACCGCCACGGCCGACGCUUCCAGGAAACCUAGUUUGGGAGAAGAAUUUGACUGAUUCGGCUAUGAAUUUGUCAGUCAUGGCGGCGAUAGUGUCGUAGCAAUUGGACAAUUCAGAGCGACGACGACGACGACGACGGUGAUGAUUCAGAUGAUGGACAAGGCCGCGGAGGUGCUGCUGCCGACGUGGUGGGAGGUGGAGGUUACCGUCGCCGCCGCCGCCUUCGUGAUCCUUGCCUACUGCUUCUUCUUGUUCGCCUAUGCUACUGGUGCUGCUGAUCCUGGGGCCUCCAUUGAUGUUGAGGAUCGCUCCGGUCUUCUCUCCGGAGAUGCUGUUGACGAGAAAGAAAAGAUGGUCCAGCUGAAGGGAGCCCAUCAGGCCACUUCUGCUUUUAUGAUCAAGUUGGAACUGUUGGCAGCCAAAAACCUUAUUGGUGCUAACUUGAAUGGCACUUCAGAUCCAUACGCAAUCAUCACUUGUGGUACAGAAAAGAGAUUCAGUUCUAUGGUUCCUGGCUCAAGAAAUCCCAUGUGGGGAGAGGAGUUCAAUUUUUCUGUAGAUCAGCUUCCUGUCGAGAUUAAUGUGACUAUAUAUGAUUGGGAUAUAAUUUGGAAAAGUGCAGUUCUUGGUUCAGUGACUGUUCCUGUUGAAAAUGAGGGUCAAACAGGUGCUGUGUGGUAUACAUUGGAUAGCCUAUCAGGGCAGGUUUGUCUCCACAUUAAAACAAUAAAACUCCCUGUAAAUGCUUCCAGAGGUUUGAAUGGCUAUGGUGGAGCAAACCCUCGAAGAAGAAUUUCAGACAAACAAGGACCCACAGUUGUUCAUCAAAAACCUGGGCCUCUGCAAACAAUUUUUGGUCUCCUGCCAGAGGAGGUUGUUGAGCAUAGCUAUUCAUGUGCACUGGAGAGGUCCUUCUUGUAUCAUGGCCGUAUGUAUGUCUCUGCAUGGCGCAUAUGCUUCCAUUCUAAUGUAUUUUCGAAGCAAAUGAAGGUAGUCAUACCAUUUGGAGAUAUAGAUGAGAUAAGGAGGAGUCAGCAUGCUUUUAUUAAUCCGGCCAUUACAAUUAUUCUUCGAAUGGGUGCUGGAGGGCAUGGUGUGCCUCCCUUGGGAAGUCCUGAUGGGAGAGUCAGGUAUAAAUUUGCAUCAUUUUGGAACAGAAAUCAUGCAUUGAGAGCUUUGCAGCGUGCUGCCAAAGAUUUCCACACAAUGGUUGAAGCUGAGAAGAAGGAGACGGAACAGUCAGCACUUCGUGCACAUAGCAGCUCCAUUAGAGGCAGUAAAAGGCAGGCUAUGAUUCCUGAAGAAAAUACCCCCAAACCUGUCAAGUUUCAGUCAUUCGUCAAAGAAGAAGUUUUAGUUAACAUAUAUAAUGAUGUUUUUCCAUGUACAGCAGAGCAGUUCUUUGAACUAUUGUUGAAUGAUAGCUCCAACUUUACAAAUGAGUAUAGAGCAGUGCGAAAGGAUACUAAUCUUUCUGUUGGUCCAUGGCAUUCUGCUGAUGAAUAUGACGGUCAAGUCAGAGAGAUAACAUUGAGAGCCUUAUGCAACAGUCCAAUGUGCCCUCCAGACUCAGCAAUGACAGAGUGGCAGCAUGCUAUUCUCUCACCAGAUAAGAAACAGCUGGUUUUUGAGACUGUACAGCAGGCACAUGAUGUACCAUUUGGGUCCCACUUUGAGAUUCAUUGUAGAUGGUCUUUAGAGACAAAAUCUGAAUCCUCAUCUAGUGUUGAUAUUCAAGUAGGUGCACAUUUUAAGAAGUGGUGUGUGAUGCAAUCCAAGAUUAAAUCCAGUGCAAUUAAUGAGUAUAAGAAAGAGGUGGAGUUGAUGCUAGAUGUCGCCCGUUCGUACAUUAAGUCGAAAACUUCUAAUGGCGAGAUCACCGGCGUUGCUUCCCGUCCUUCACACGCUGCUGUCCCCGAAAACACAUAACAGUUGGUGCAAUCCUCCAUCAGUUUUGCUUCUUUGUAUCUCCUACUUUUCUUGUAUUGUUUUUCCCUCAUAUCGUCAGUAAAUUAUCCUAUAUAGUGCAAGUCGGGGUGCAUUGUAACUUAAUAAGUCUAGCAAAAGGAUCAAUUAUUGUGUAAUUUCACCCUGUCUCCUUGAAUGAGAGCUAGUGGUGUGUUACCUUGUGGUACUUUGUGUAAUCCAAAGGUGCCUCAUUUUUUGGGUAA